AAAUGUGAUAUUUUGCGAUUAUAGGACCAGACAGAGCUGAUUUGGAAUAUCAAAGAUGAGUUAAAGAGAGCCUGUUCUACCAAUGACUUGAAAAAGCUCCUGAUAGCCAACAAUCAAGAAGUUCCUUCUGGGGAAGCUGCUACCUUGGAUCAUGUAGCAGAUGGGAUGGCUUUUGGGGCUCUACUUCCCUGUGAAGAGUGCAAAGGGCAGUUUGUGUUCAAGAGCAAUGCCUAUUACUGCACAGGGAAUAUCACAGCUUGGACUAAAUGUGUUGCCAAGACACAGACUCCCAACAGGAAAGAAUGGACCAUCCCAAAGGCAUUCCGGGAGAUCCCUUACCUAAAGAAAUUCAAAUUUAAAAAGCAAGAUAGAGCAUUCUUGCCAGAGGCUGCUUCUACAAACUCAGUACCUCCUUUAGCUGUUUCUGAUCCUGUUACAGAGAAUUCAGCUGCACCAGCAGAUAAACCAUUAAAUAACAUGAAGAUUUUAAUCCUUGGAAAGUUGUCGAAGACAAAGGAUGAAAUUAAAUCUGCUGUUGAAGAACUUGGGGGAAAGGUAACAGCAGCUGUGAAUAAAGCUGACCUGUGCAUCAGCUCACAGAAGGAAGUUGAUAAAAUGAACAAAAAAAUGGAAGAAAUAAAGAAAGCCCAUUUGUGUGUGGUGUCGGAGGACUUCCUCCAGGAUAUAAAAACUUCCAGCAAGGGUUUUCAGGAGCUCCGAUCACUUCAUGCUGUAUCUCCCUGGGGUGCAGAAGUAAAACAGGAACGUAAAGAAGUGUCUGCGAGUGGAAAAUCCACUGGACACCCAAACAUGAAAAAUGCCGGGAAGAACAAGGAAGAGCAAGGAACAAGUAAGUCUGAGAAGAAAAUGAAGCUGACAGUUAAAGGAGGGGCUGCUGUGGACCCUGAUUCAGGUCUGGAAGAUUCUGCACACGUCUUUGAAAAAAGUGGUAAAAUCUUCAGUGCCACUUUAGGUCUAGUUGAUAUUGUCCAAGGAACAAAUUCUUAUUACAAGCUUCAGCUGCUGGAGGAUGACCGAGAGACCAGGUACUGGGUUUUUCGCUCAUGGGGUCGUGUUGGCACAGCAAUUGGAAGUAACAAGCUGGAGGUGAUGCCUACUAAAGAAGAAGCCAUCGAACAUUUCCUGGAUCUGUAUGAAGAGAAAACAGGCAAUUCCUGGCAUUCCAAAAAUUUCACCAAAUAUCCCAAAAAAUUCUACCCUUUGGAAAUAGACUAUGGGCAGGAUGAAGAAGCAGUCAAGAAACUGACUGUGAGUGCAGGAACCAAGUCAAAGCUUCCUAAGGCUGUCCAAGAUCUUAUUAAGAUGAUCUUUGAUGUGGAAAGUAUGAAGAAAGCCAUGGUGGAGUUUGAGAUUGAUCUCCAGAAGAUGCCUUUAGGGAAGCUAAGCGAGAGGCAGAUCCAGAGUGCAUACUCCAUUCUGAAUGAGGUGCAGCAGGCAGUUUCUGAUGGUGGCACAGAUUCACAGAUAUUAGAUCUCUCCAAUCGCUUCUACACUUUAAUUCCCCAUGACUUUGGGAUGAAGAAGCCUCCACUUCUAAACAACCUUGACUACAUUAAGACUAAAGUGGAAAUGCUGGAUAAUCUACUUGACAUAGAGGUCGCUUACAGCCUUCUGAGAAGUGGUGGUCAAGAUGGGGAUAAAGAUCCAAUAGAUGUGAACUAUGAGAAGCUCAAAACCAAUAUCAAGGUAGUCGAUAAAGAUUCAGAAGAAGCCAAGGUCAUAAAACAAUAUGUUAAGAACACCCAUGCAAGUACCCACAAUGCAUAUGGUUUGAAAGUUAUGGAGAUUUUCAAGAUUGAACGUGAAGGAGAAUAUCAGCGUUACGAACCAUUCCGAGAGCUCCACAAUCGCCAGUUGCUCUGGCAUGGUUCUCGCACUACCAAUUUUGCUGGUAUCUUGUCUCAGGGUCUCCGAAUAGCUCCACCUGAAGCCCCAGUGACUGGCUACAUGUUUGGUAAAGGUAUCUACUUUGCGGAUAUGGUGUCCAAAAGUGCCAACUAUUGUCACACCUCUCAGUUUGACCCUGUUGGCCUAAUCUUGUUGGGAGAAGUUGCUCUUGGAAACAUGUAUGAAUUGAAAAAUGCUUCCCAUAUAACCAAGCUACCAAAAGGCAAACACAGUGUCAAAGCUUGUGCUAAGUCAUGAUAAUGCUUAAGAAGACUGAUCUGCACCCAUCAGCUUGCAUUAUAACUGGACUGUUCCUCUCCAAAUGCGCAAGGCAUCAUUCCCCAACCUGAUGUCCUUCUGUGUCGGAUUGAAGAUGAUGGGGACUAGCAGUCCCAACUCAUUUGCAAGUCAUCAAGCUGGGAAAAGGGACAUAUGGAAAUCUUGCAAUGCAUGUGUAUUAUUUAUCUUUAAGAAGUACAAACAGAAUUUUAAUGACAAAGACUUCUAGUGGAUAUAUUGGCUGAAUUGGCUAGAUUUCAAAAAUGUGAGCAAAACUAUAGAGCUUUUUUUAGAGCUUUUUUUAGAGCUUUUAAGUAUAUUUUAAGAGCCUUGCUUGAUCAAGCCAAUGGCUUAUCCAGUCCAGCAUACUGCAGUGUAAGUAAAGUGACUGACCAGAUGCAUCUGUGCAGCUCAUAAGCAGGAUGUGAGACUGAUAGCCCACUUCCACUUCCUAGCAGUUUCUUUGAUUCUAAAGAUACCAUCAGGACAAUUACCUGUGAGCCCUUACCCUCUACGUAUUUGCCUAAUCCUUUUUUAAAACCACCUAAAAUUUGUCACCAUCAGUAUUUGGUGGCAGCAAGUUCCAUAGUUUAACUAUGUAAUAUUUUAUCAGUCCUGAACCCCCCCAUUUUUAGCUUCAGUUGAUGGCCCCCAAGUUCUAAUGUUGUAUAUAAGAGGGGAAAAGUCCAUUCAUAUUUUUUCCUGCUGUGCAUAAUUUUAUACAAAUGUAUGAUAUCCCCAUUUGUCACCUUUUUGUAAACUAAACCCAAACGUUAGGGGAACUGUUCUAGCUCCAUAAUCAUUUUGGAUGCCAUAUUAACUGAUCUAUAAUUCAGAUCAGGUGAGUUCCACAGUUUUUCAAUAUAAAUGUGAAUACAUUAGAUUUAUUUACAUUUGUUGUUUGUUUGUUUGUUAAUUUUUUUUCUUUUCUUCCUAUUUAGGUUUGGGCAAAACAGCCCCAGAUCCCUCAGCCACUGUUUCUCUUGAUGGUGCAGAUGUUCCUUUGGGCAAUGGAAUUCCAUCUGGAGUUAGCAAUACUUGCCUU